AGGGAAGGAAGGAAACAUUUGCGAACGAAAACUUGUUCCCGUUCUUCAACAAAGUCGCGCAAGAAAUCUAUCGGAAAUUAGAAGACGCAAUGCAGAGACGCCAUGUCUCUAAUUCUGUAUCAGAAGAAAGUGAAAGUCAAAGUGAGGAGAAGUUAAGCGAAGAAAAAGAAGAUGAUGAUGAAGUAAUCCUCGAGCAAGACCAGCAAGGUAUAUCCGAAUACGAGAAGCUGAGGUUAUCGAGAAUUGCAGAGAACAGAGCCAGAAUGGAGGCUUUGGGCCUCACCAAAAUUGCUUCUUCUUUGAUGGGUUCGUCGCCAAAUUCAAGUCCGACUUCGAUUAAGAUUAAAGGGAAACACAAGGUCAUCGAUGACGAUGAAGAUUACAGGCCCAAUGAUGAGGAGGAUGACAAAGACGACGAUGACGACGAAAAUGAUUAUGAUAAUGUGGAAUUUCUGGGUAGAAAAACUCCUCGGUUUCAGUCUCGUAAAAACAAGGUGAAAAAUAAAGGCUCAAAACCUAAGAAAGCUGAUGUUAAAAAACAAUUGAAUAGUUCGGAUUAUGUUGAUAAUGAUAAUGAAUUAAUGAAGGCAGUUGCUCUGUCCCUGAAAGAUUCUGGAGAAGUUUUAGGUGCUGUACCUACAGAUGUGCAAGAUGCUACUUCCACUGAAAGAAAGGGGAAUGCUCGAUCGAAGAGGAAAAAAUCGUUCACCAGUCGCACGCAGAUGACAGAGGAUGAAAUGGUCGUGCACUUCUUUCAGUUCGAUGAACCUGGAAAAGGAAGCAUUUCUAUGAGAGAUUUACGAAGAGUAGCUAUCGCCCAUGAUUUUAUGUGGACAGAUAAGGAGUUGACUGACAUGAUCCAUUGCUUUGACACCGAUGGCGAUGGGAGGCUAAAUCUGGAUGAUUUCCGGAAGAUUGUCAGCAGAUGCAACAUGUUAAAAACACCUGAAAAUUCGUAAACCGGAUUCAAGCUUUUAUAUAGUUAUAAGAUGUACCCCCAAAAUGAUGCCAACCGAGCCAACAGGGAGUGCAUACGUUAACGGAAUACCACUGUUAUCUCUUUUGGCUUCACGUCUCAAGAGUUCCUGCAAAUCAAAUUAAUAUCAGCAUCCUCUUCUAUCAUUCCUUUUUAAAAUCCCAUUUCAUUCCAAGCCAUCCAUAAACCUCGAUAAAUACCAACUUACUAGUUCUUGCUGCAGCUUGUUAUUUUGCUGAAUGGCAGAGUUUUUCUCGUCAGUUAGCUUCCAAAUGAGAGACUUUGCCUGCAAAUAGAAGUAUUGCCACAGUGAAGCAUCAGUCUUUUAAGUUCAUCAAACACAAUGUAUUGAAUACUCGCACAGUCUGCACUCUGCAGCAUUCAGGUUAUCAUUGUCCGGAACAGAAGCCCUAGGGGAUGAGCCUUCCUCCGGUCCUUCUCAAGCAAGGGAAGAGGCCUGGGCGAUGGACUUUAGAGUAAAAUGCACUCACAAACACUUC